ACAGCUCGGAGGAACGUAGUCUGCCACCGCCCGAAGCGUCAGACUUUCUCCAUUUUGGCAGUAGUCUUCAGGUGAAAGGUGGUAUACUGACGGUUGCUGACGAUCUGCUGAAAAACGACGGGAAGAAAUUCAUCGAGAUGAUGGAGCAGCUUGCCGAACGCAGGAUGCAGAGGGAAGAAGAGGCUCAGUACCAGGCUCACCCAAGCAUGUAUCAGACGCACAACGCCCACGGCCACGGUCCUCCACCGGAAGAAGACGACUUCGACGACGAGGGAGACGAGGAAGAGGGCUACGAGGACGAGGACUACGAAGAGGACGACGAGGACGACGAUGUGCGUACUGUUGGCGAGAUCGCUGGUAUCUUGGCUAAUGGAUUGCAGGAUACCAUGACUGAGGAGCAGAGGAUGGAGGAAGGGCGGCGAAUGUUUCAAAUAUUUGCAGCGCGCAUGUUUGAGCAGCGAGUCCUUCAGGCGUAUCGAGAAAAGGUGGCGGCAGAAAGGCAACAACGGCUGCUUGAAGAGCUGGCAGAAGAGGACGAACGCAAAGAUCAGAAGGAGGCUAAGAAGCUGAAAGAGGCCCAAAAGCGGAAAGAGAAGAAGGAGAAGCAGAAGCAGCAAAAGGCUGAGGAGAAAGCUCGCAAAGAAGCGGAGCAGGCUGCCAAAGAAGCUGAGCUUAAAGCUGCGGAAGAGAAGCGAUUGGAGGAACAGCGCAAGAAGCGAGAAGAACAGCGCAGGAAGAAAGAGGCUGAACGCAAAGCCCAAGAAGAGGAGAAGCAGCGCAAGGAGGCCGAACGUCAGAAGCGUCAACAAGAAGAGCGCGACCGGCAACAGGAAGCCGAAAGGAAAGCACGCGAAGCCAAGGCGCAAGAGAAGAAAGCUAAGGAAGAGGCCAAGCGAAAAGAGCGUGAAGAGCGAGAAGCGAAAGAGAAAGAGGCUCGUGAGAGGAGGAUCCAGGAAGACAAGGAGAGGAAAGAGCGCGAUGCGAAGGCUAAAGCUGAUAAACAAGCUGCAGCAGCUGGCGCACGGAAGGCAUCACAGCCACCUGUUGCGCUGCCACCUCAGCUGCUGAAGCAAACAUCGUCCUCCGGAAUGCCCUCGCCGCACGUUACUCCAGCCUUGCCCAAGGCACCAACACCGAACCGACCUCGUCAGGCCUCCCAGCAAGGCUCGCAUGGCUCCUCGCCGAACAUGCCGCAGGCCGCGCCGGGUACAAGCAAAUCAAUGUCGCCUACGAAUGCCUAUGGACCUAUCAUGCCAAAGUCGAUCUUGACGAAGCCAACAGCAGCGCAACAUCAGAGCCACCUCCAGCACGGCCAGCCAGCGCCACCAAUGCCUCCUCUAGGACCUCCACCUGGUAUGCCGGGCCCACCGGGCUUCAACACGGGCGGAAUGCCUCCAGGUCUCAAUGGUUUCCCAGGGCAGGGCUCGAUGCUGCCUGGCAUGAUGGCUCCCCGUCCAGGGCUGCCUCCGUUCCCGCCGCAACUUGGUACACAGAACUUUCGUGGCUUCCCUCCGCCAGGUAUGCCAAUGGGGCGCGGGUUCCCAAUGGACGGUCCUCCUGGGUUUGGCCCGAUGCCAGGAUUCGGAGGAUCAAACCAGAUCCCCGGAUUUGGCAUGGGCAUGUCGCCCCAUUCGAGACAAGGAUCUGGAUCGUUUGACAGACUGCCAAGUGUUGACAGCCCUAUCUCGGGUCCUCAGGCACAGCCGAUACAACGGCCGACGCCCAUCAAGCGUCCCUCGAGCACCAAAGCGACGGAUGACGAGUCACGACCUGAUGUUGACGAGCUCGCUGACCAUCUAGGUAGCAAGGCUCUACUCGAUGACGUAGAAGACAUUCCUGAACCCCCUGAGCGAAGAGCAAGCGUACAGCAGCACGGUUCCUUUAGAGGCACUCCUAUGGGCUUUGGGUUCGCAGACGCGCCGAUACCAUCCAGGAACGACUCUUUCUCCGCCUUUGGAGCGCCCGGUGGUAACAUCUGGGGCACACCACCCUUGCCCUUCUCAUUGGGUUCCGGUGCCACAUGGGGCAACUCGCCCACCUCUGGCUUCUUCACCAAUCCAUUCCCCGUCGGUAACAUCCGCACCAACGAGCGUGGUCCUAAUGAACAGCGCAUAGUGUGGCUGCGCCGAAUGGUCUGCACCGCUUGCAAGAUAGUCGCCGCUCGUCAGCCUACGCAAGACGGCUAUGUUGAUGCAUCAGAGGUACAUCAGCAGAUCGACAACCUGCGAAACCCUAGCGAGCCGGCCGUUACGCCUGAGGAAAUCAAGGAAGCGUGCGAUAUCAUCGAUAGUACCCAGACGAACGGCGGUGGCUCUCUCGAAUACAAGGAGUCUGGGCCCGGUCGUCUCUCACACAUCAAGUUCGUCGAUAUGGCGGCGCCUCCGCCUGCAACAUUGGGCGAGAUUGGCAGCCCAGUCCCAGGACACAGUGUCCUUGUUGGUGGGUUUGGUAACCCAAGGCCAUUCCCUGGUCUCGGCCCACAGGGCUUCUGAGCGCUUGCAUCGAAGCUCUAUUCCUUUUCUUUUGGCAGUAGCUUCAUCAGUAUCUGGUAGCUGCGUAGGACCUGGACUUUCUUCGACACUUUAGCUAGUCUCUAUCAAUGCUCCUUCUUCCAUGAAGGCAGCCAAGUUCAUC